AUGUGUAAACAAUUGGAAAGCACCCAUAGUAGAUUAAAUCACAUAUCUAUCUCUGCUUUUGAUUAUCAUGAUGAAAUGAACGAGGAUACAUUUCUGGAAUGGUGGAAAAAUAUUUUACCAUUGCUAGACGACAAUGCAGUUAUUGUCAUGGACAAUGCUCCGUAUCAUUCUAUGAAAACUGAAAAACUGCCGAAUGCUUCCUGGAGAAAAGCCGAAAUAAUACAAUGGCUAGAAAAUAAAGGAAAAGAAACAUCCGAUAAUUUAGUAAAGGCCGAACUUUUGCACAUUGCUAACCAACACAAAGAUAGAUAUGAUAAAUAUGUCGUUGACGAAUUAGCACAACAUGAUAAUAAAACGGUUCUCCGAUUACCUCCGUAUCAUUGUGAACUUAAUCCAAUUGAAAUGGUGUGGUCAAUGGUUAAGGGAUACGUGAAAAGCAAUAAUAGUACUUUUAAGCUUAAAGAUGUAAAACUAUUACUUGAACAAGGCAUUGAAUGGGUGACAGCUGAUCAUUGGAGAAAUUUUAUUAGGCACGUAAAAAAUGAAGAGAAAAAGAUGUGGGAAGUCGAUCACAUAGCAGACAGUAUGAUUGACGCGACACUCCGUUAAUAAUUAAUGUCACAGGCGAAACAAUUUCUGAAACUUCUAGCACUUCAUCCACAUCAAAGAUCUAAAAUCUUUCAUAAUAUUAUGGAACCCAAAUAAAAAUAUGUUAUUACAGAUUUAAUUAUUUUAUACAUCAUAAGCAUUAAACUGUGUACUUUCAAUAUACAAAUAUACAAUUUCACUUUUAUAUCA